AUGAUUCGCCAAUCUUGGUCAAUACGUAUCGAAGCCCCCAAACCCCCUCCUCCUCCACCAAAGUCAACAGCCUCUAGGGUAGCACACUGGGCUGGACUACCUCAUUAUCGCCUUCCACGUUUUAAUCUAGCCGAUGAGGCGAUGCUUCAAGAGCUCCAAACGGAUGAACUUGAUGAAGAGGAUUAUGAGCUGCUUCCAACUCGUUCUUUAACGGCUGGGUCGAAAGCGCGACAUGAAGUCCAACUAGUCAAUGUACCGGACCGCAAGGGAUUUUCUGAUCGUGCCCCGAAACCAAAGAGGCCGGGUGGAAAACUUCAAAAGUUCAAAGCGUCGUUCAAAAGCAAGUCUAAGCAAACGCCACGCAUGGAUGAGGAGUCAGAAGAAGAAGAAAUCGCUGUUGGCCACACAGUUCCUCCUGACUUUGAUAGUAAUUCGGCCGACUACCCUCGCCAUCCCAGAACUCCAGACAGGUAUAUGCUGCCACUGUCCCGUGGAUCCUCGGGUCGAGAACGUAGGAACUCGAUGACGUCUGUGGGGGAUAGAACAGAGGGUCGCAUUUUUGGUGAUGUUGUUAAAGCACCAGUCGCUCUACGAAAGUCACCGCCACAAUUCUUACAGAACUGGGACGAUGACAGCCCUUAUAUUUACAACUAUACUAAUCGUACUCACGAUACUGACUAUUUAUACCCACCACGCUCUAGGCCAAUGAAUCGUACUAUGAGUAUUGCGAGUUCGUCGAGACUUCCUAUCUUGCAUGAAUCGCGCCAUGAGAUUUCUACAGAUGACUAUGGUAUUUCGCGAGGAUAUACCAUACCAUUGACCCAGCAAAGCCUCCCGGAUCCCCAAUUUCGGCAAAGGAAGGGUAACCAAAGUCAAAUUCCCGCAAGUCCGCAGGGUUCACCACAAAAGCGAGAAUCAUCCGCACCGUCAGUUGCUACUUCGCAACAAACUUCAGACGAGGCGGCAUUGACGGAGAUAAGCACUGAGAUACAGAUCGGUGGCGAAAGGAUGGGGAAAAGAUCACACACCCAACCGAUGCAUACAAUUGAGGAGUGGGUGCAGAAGAUUGGAACACCGCCAGAACUAAGCGGCACGCCUAAAACGAUUCCGUCUAAUGAAGUUGAGGUGGAAGAAUUGUUACCCCCCAAGAGGAAUACUUAUAUAGACGAGGUUUUCCAGGCUUCCCCGAUGCAUGAAGAAAUUGAGGACUCAGAAGUUCCAAUACCCGUGCCUACCGAAGCGUCACCCGAUCUUACUCCUGUAGCUCCCCAAGUUAGUCCCGAUGAGGUCGAAAGGCGACUUAGUGGGUAUUCGUCAUCUCCUGAAAUUGAGCACAUAGAAGUAAUUUCGCCAAAUUAUAAAUGGCCAACGGUGGAAGAUCUAAUGGCUGCCACAUCGCCAGUGAAGCGCGGGGCGACUGAGACCCAGACGUCGACGCCAAUAACUGUGGUACGGAUUCCACCUGCAGAAGGUGCACAGAUGCCUCUCCCGCCCAUUAAGGCUCCCCUACCGUCCCAACUUUCACCAGAAGGGCCACUUUCUCGCAUGCCCUCGCCCCUAGAAGACGCAUCUCCAUUACCGGUCGUUGCACCCCUGCGGUUUCCGCCACGGACUCCCACCCUUCCCUCCGGAUUGGAAGAAAAGGGUUCGUCAUUUUCAGGCCAACCCGAAUUAUUUCAACUUGAUCCAAGGGCUGCAGAGAAGCGGCGCAUGACAGUAGCAUUUGGAAUCACACCAUUACAACGCAGGGAGACCGCGGAACUUGCGCAGGAUGUUUUGAGACGAGUUAGCACUACUGCUAUUAGUGGCGAGGGAAGGAGAGGGAGUUUGGCGAGUGUAAUUAGGGUUGUUGAUGUACUGCUUGUGAACGAACGGGAGGAACAGUUGAGGAUGAUGAGGAGGGCUGAGAUGGCAUGGGAUUAA